AUGAGGGAGCCAAUGGCUAACUUUGUGAUUCCACUUCCUUUCAUGCUCUUCAUUACUCAUUGGUUUCUGUUGGCUCAUCAUGGCAGUGCUGCAGAGAGUUCCACAUACAUAGUACACAUGGACAGAUCCCUUUUUCCCGCUGCCUUUUCAACGCAUCAUGAUUGGUUUGAAUCCUCCGUUCAGUCCAUAAAAUCAGCAAUGCCUGGUCACUCAUUCAAGAAAUCACAGAAACAGAUAGUGUAUUCUUAUAACCAUGCCAUGUAUGGUUUUAGUGCAGUGCUAACCUCAGAAGAGUUAGAGGCUCUCAAGAACUCUCGUGGUUUUGUUGCAGCAUAUCCAGACAGAAAUGUCACCAUAGACACCACUCACACUUUUGAGUUUCUCUCCCUAGCCUCUUCCAGUGGCCUCUGGCACGCUUCCAAUUUGGGGGAGGAUGUCAUUGUGGGUGUUAUUGACUCUGGUGUGUGGCCUGAGAGUGAAAGCUUCAAAGAUGAUGGCAUGACCAAGAAAAUUCCAAGUAAAUGGAAAGGAACCUGUCAGGAAGGGCAAGACUUCAACACUUCCAUGUGCAACUUCAAACUGAUCGGAGCCAGAUAUUUCAACAAAGGAGUGAUUGCUGCAAAACCCAAGGUUAGAAUCACUAUGAACUCAGCCAGAGAUACAGAGGGUCAUGGAACUCACACAUCUUCCACAGUUGCUGGCAACUACGUCAGUGGAGCCUCUUACUUUGGCUAUGCCAAAGGGGUGGCCAGAGGCAUUGCACCAAGAGCUAGGCUUGCCAUGUACAAGGUCCUUUGGGAAGAGGGUCGUUACUCCUCUGAUGUUUUGGCUGGAAUGGACCAAGCCAUUGCUGAUGGAGUUGAUGUCAUUUCCAUCUCUAUGGGGUUUGAUGGUGUUCCACUUUAUGAGGAUCCUAUAGCAAUAGCUUCUUUUGCAGCAAUGGAAAAAGGGGUGUUGGUUUCAUCCUCUGCAGGUAACAAUGGUCCUGAUCUUGGUACUUUGCACAAUGGAAUCCCCUGGCUUCUGACUGUGGCUGCAGGUACCAUUGACCGCACAUUUGGUUCUCUAGUUCUUGGAAAUGGCCGAACCAUUAUUGGUUCGACCGUGUUUCCAGCAAAUGCCUUGGUGGAAAAUCUUCCACUUGUCUACUAUAAGAAUAUAUCAGCAUGUAACUCAGUCAAGUUGUUAUCGAAACUGAGAACAGAUGCGAUCAUUGUAUGUGACUUGGUUCCAGACACUAAGUUAAUGUACAAGCAAAUGUCGGUUGUUAAUGAAGCUAGUUUGUCAGGGGCAGUGUUUUUUCUUGAUGGUCCUUUGUUAAAUUACUCAGGAAUUGGUAGCUUUCCAAGUAUUGUAAUCAGUGCGAAGGAUGCACCAACUGUGAUCAAGUAUGCAAAAAGUCAUAAGAAUCCAACAGCCAGUAUCAAAUUUCAGCAAACAUUUGUUGGAAUGAAGCCAGCACCAGCUCUUGCUGGUUACUCUUCAAGAGGUCCUUCACCAAACUACCCUGGGGUCUUGAAGCCUGACAUAAUGGCACCUGGCUCUAAUGUCCUUGCUGCUUUCAUUCCUGAUUCUCCAGCAGCUGAAAUUGGCGACAAUGUGUACUUACCUAGUGACUACAAUUUGCUGUCUGGAACAUCCAUGGCCUGUCCUCAUGCUUCUGGUGUUGCUGCUCUUCUGAAAGCUGCACACCCUGAAUGGAGUGCUGCUGCUAUAAGGUCUGCAAUAGUAACCACAGCUAGUCCUCUAGAUAAUACGCAAAAUCCAAUUAGAGACUAUGGCUAUCCUUCUCAAUAUGCUUCUCCUCUUGCCAUGGGAGCUGGUCAAAUUGACCCUAACAAAGCACUUGAUCCAGGUUUGAUAUAUGAUGCCACCCCACAGGACUAUGUUGAUCUGCUUUGUGCUUCGAAUUACACAAUAAAGCAAAUCUUAGCCAUUACAAGAUCAUCAUCCUACAAUUGCGCAAAACCAUCUUUUGAUCUUAACUACCCUUCAUUUAUAGCCAUCUAUAACAACAAAACAAUGUCAGUUGUCCACAAAUUUAGGAGGACAGUGACCAAUGUUGGAGCUGGUGCUGCCAUAUACAGAGCCAAGGUGACAGAACCUAAGGGCUCUGUGGUGACAGUGUCCCCUGAGACUUUGUCAUUCAGAUACAAAAAUGAGAAGCUGAGCUACAGUGUUGUAAUAAAGUACAACAAGUACAAGAAGGAAGAUAUCUCUUAUGGGGAUCUUAUUUGGAUGGAAGAUGGUGGAGCACACAGUGUUAGGAGCCCCAUUGUAGUGGCACCAAGUGGAAUUUUGUAUGAGUUUUCCUUCUCCUUGCCAUGA